CCCUGCCGCACGAACAGAGAAGGGACUGCCACCAGCGAGCUGCUGCUGUCCAGCCCUGCUCCUCCCUGCUCAGCAAGGGCGCUUGCUCUUCCCCAUUCUCACCAGAGAGGCACAAGCGCUCCGUCCCUUCCAGCCGCCAGCGGAGGGAAGAGAAAGGGUCUGUUGUUUUUCUCUCUUGUUUCUCUCCCUCUCUGCCGCUCAUCAAGCUGCUGACCAGGUCAGAAGGCCCUAAUGGAAAUCCUCCAGUACUGGACAGGCCCCGACUCCUCCAGGCAGCUUGUCCUUGACUAAUUUUCCUUUGUCCCGAUGGGAAAAGAGAGAGAGAAGGAAAGAAAGAAGAAAAAAGAAAAACCACAAACUUCCUUUGAAAACCAGUUUGUAGUCAGGGCCUGGAGCGCACGCCAGAGACUCAGCCGCUCAGGAAUCCUGAAGACUCUCGGAGCCACGGGGAGCACCUGGGCUGCGCCUCGACUUGCCCUCACCCUGCUGCGGUGCCCCUGGUCCUGGGCGUGAGUCCGGAAGUGGCCGCGACUUAGCCAGAAGGGCCACGCUUGUAAACCUGUGUCAACCUGUAUAUGUUCUGGCGCUGACAGCUGGAAGGCACUGGCGGCGCCCCCUCCGUGUCCCCACCUUCCCCUUCGAACUGCCAGAGCUAAGUCCUCCUUCUCAGUCCUGGAACUGCACCCACCUCUUUAAGGCUCUGGCAUCUCCUUCAAGGCUCACCCUCAGUGCCAUGUGAGAGGCGAGGAAGAAAGGAGAGGAAAACAGAGAAAGAAAAAAGUGAAAGCUGACUCCACCCAAUGUCUUCAAUACCACCAUCAUCAUCCCUCUCAAACCUGGAAGCUCCAGUCCUGCUAGUCCCAUCUGGUCACAGCAAGUUAGAGGUAGAAAGAGCUCAGGCUGAGUCCUGUUUACACAAGCUAAGAAAGGCGUGUUCUCCUCAUAGCCAGAACUGACUGUGCAGACACUCGCCAGCCUUCCAUAUCACAUGCAUUUCUAAGACUUUUCUGAGUCCCUUUGCUUCCCAGUUCAAUGAUUUUAUUGGACAAGUUUCUCUUUUGCAUAGUACGACUGGCCUAGGCAAAUCCCUGAGGUCAGAAACAUCGUCAUUGUCCCCAGUUGACUCCCUUCCCACCAUGGAACACCCUCAGUCUGAGCCUGCAGCCCCCAAUAAGGUCGGGAAUGCAGAAGCAGUCACCUCUGAAAAUCAUGAGGUGAUAUCAGGACCAGAGGAACAUCCUCAGGACAAGGAUGCCAGAGAUGCUGAUGGGGAAGCUGGAGGACAGGAGCCAGGAGACCAAGCUUUACUACCUGCCCAGGGAGGAGAUAAUCUUGAGACCCCUCCUCCUGAAGCUAGCCCAAGUCAACCUGGGCCAGCCUGUGGGAUGUCACCUGAGGUAGAGACAAUAAGAGCGUGCUCCAGGCCUCAGGAGCUUCCCCAGUCCCCCAGGAACCGAGAGUCUGAGGUAGACUUCUACUGUGUAAAGUGGAUCCCCUGGAAGGGAGAACGGACCCCCAUCAUCACCCAGAGCACCAAUGGCCCUUGCCCUCUCCUUGCCAUCAUGAACAUCCUCUUUCUUCAGUGGAAGGUGAAGCUGCCCCCCCAGAAGGAAGUGAUUACUUCAGAUGAGCUCAUGGCCCAUCUUGGAAACUGCCUCCUGUCCAUCAAGCCCCAGGAGAAGUCUGAGGGACUUCAGCUUAAUUUUCAGCAGAAUGUGGAUGAUGCGAUGACAGUGCUGCCUAAACUGGCCACAGGUCUGGAUGUCAAUGUGCGAUUCACAGGCGUCUCUGAUUUUGAGUAUACACCUGAAUGCAGCGUCUUUGACCUCCUAGGCAUACCUCUGUACCAUGGCUGGCUUGUUGAUCCACAGAGUCCUGAGGCUGCGAGUGCAGUUGGGAAACUGAGUUACAACCAGCUGGUAGAGAAGAUUAUCACCUGCAAACAUUCCAGUGACCCCAACCUUGUGACAGAAGGCCUGAUCGCAGAGCAGUUCCUGGAGACCACCGCAGCACAGCUGACCUACCAUGGCCUGUGUGAGCUUACGGCAGCUGCCAAGGAGGGUGAACUUAGUGUCUUUUUCCGAAACAACCACUUUAGCACUAUGACUAAGCACAAGAGUCACUUGUACUUACUGGUCACUGACCAGGGUUUUCUACAGGAGGAGCAGGUUGUGUGGGAGAGCCUGCACAAUGUGGAUGGAGAUAGCUGCUUUUGUGACUCUGACUUCCAUUUAAGUCAUUCCCUGGGCAAGGGCCCUGGAGCAGAAGGUGGGAGUGACUCUCCAGAGAAGCAGCUUCAGGUAGACCAGGACUAUCUGAUCGCCUUGUUCCUACAGCAGCAGCAGCCACAAGGCACGCUGGGCCUUAGUGACCUGGAAUUGGCCCAGCAACUUCAGCAAGAGGAGUAUCAACAGCGGCAAGCAGUCCAGCCUGUGCAAACACGGGCCCCAUCACCCCAGGGGAGAGGAACCACAUCUGGACGCCCAGCCGGGGAGCGGCGGCCGAGGUCAAAGCCAGAAUCAGAUUGUAUUCUUCUGUAGCUCUUCCCCAUGCCACGCAGACCUGCCCCUUCCUUCAGAGGCUAGGACUAGUUUGCUUGCUCCCUCACCUUAACCCCUGAAACAUGCAGGGUAACUUAUUUAUAGACUGUUGGGGGUCAGAACAGGCAGCAAAUGCCAUGGUCAGACUCCAUAAUGUCCUGCCCUCAAGUGCUGCUGCCUUCUCUUCCUCCUAUCCAGGGCAACACUGGGAAGGGUGGGGUGAAGAUUCAUGGUUCCUAACUUCCUUUCUCAGAAUAGUCACAUGAAUGUACAGACUCAUGCUCUAGGGAAAGACCCCUAUCUGGAAUGCAUCUCUCCCACUUCCUACCCCUGACUGCCUGGGUGCUCCUGGCUACCCAGCAGGCCUGCCCCCAUUUGUUUCAGGGUUUGAUUUGGAUUUCUAUCUCUAUUAUUUGUAAUGCCUUCCUCGAGAUUUGGAAAUAAAACUUCUUUCCUGAGAUCUGUUGUUUUUCUUACCCUGCAGCAGUGAGGUUAAAUAUUUGACCCAAUUGAGGAAUGCAAAAGAGGGGGAGGAGAGGUGAGGUAAGACGUUGCCUGUCAUUUCUAAUAAAGCCAGCAGGGGGAACCAAAGUUUGCCUUUUCUUCUCUUGUUUGUUUUUGGUUAGGUGUGCUAUGGGAACAGGAAGUAGUGCUCUGAGAGCGCAGGUUUCCAAAUUCCUGCUUUGGACAGAUGAAUUUGGGAGUUGUGAAUUUGGGAAAUUACCCCAAGACUUUCCAGGCUAGGGAGGGCAGUUGACCCUCAUUUUUCUUCUGUUUAUAUAGAUGGUCCUUUGCUACCUCUGCUGCCUGUUCCUCAAUUAUGUUGCUGGAAAUUUUCUGGAGAAGAAAGAAUAAUGAGGGUGAGGGGAGACACAGAGGGUGGGGUGUGUUGAUAAGACACCACUGGGGCAAAAACAGGAUUCCUGUUGAAUAGCCAAGGGUAUAUCAAAGGGUCCUCUAACUCCUAGACCUCUUCCUGGUCUUUGUCCUGCUCCACCCAAACUUCAAUCAGGGAACAUAAACCAGU